AUGGUCAACACCACGCUGCGCGUUGAGGGCUCUUAUCUGUCUGCGGUGCGCGCAUUUAAGAACACAGUCCGACAACAGCUAGAAACACGAUUCAAACUGGACUCUGAUGAUCUGCCCUCGUCUAUCCCAGUUGUGGCCUGCAUGUUAGAUCCUCGCUUCAAGCACCUGAAGUUCAUCCCAGACAGCAAAAGAGAGAGCGCAUACAGCCACCUGGACACCCUGCUUCUGGAUGAGAGUGAGACGCUGAGCGUAACAGAUGUCGGUGUGGAAACCUGUGAAACUGAGCAGACGGGGAAGGACAUAGGGAAGAAGGCGCGUCUUGAGCUGGACUUUGCGGAGCUGUUUGGGACGCAUUUCGAAAGCGGGCAGAAUAAGGCCCGCGGCUCCACAGCAACUGAAGAGGCCAGACAAUAUUUUCUCUUGCCCCAAAUCCCAACUCUGGACAACCCGUUGCAGUGGUGGGCCCGAAACGAAAGGCGCUUCCCGCGCUUGGCAAGGCUCUCAAAGACAUAUCUGGCCAUACCAUCAGGAUGGAUGAAGAUCACAGAGGACCACCUCCUGCAGGAGGAUCACAGAGGACCACCUCCUGCAGGAGGAUCAGUGAGGACCACCUCCUGCAGGAGGAUCAGUGAGGACCACCUCCUGCAGGAGGAUCAGAGGAUCAGCGAGGACCACCUCCUGCAGGAGGAUCAGAGAGGACCACCUCCUGCAGGAGGAUCAGAGAGGACCACCUCCUGCAGGAGGAUCAAAGAGGACCACCUCCUGCAGGAGGAUCAAAGAGGACCACCUCCUGCAGGAGGAUCAGAGAGGACCACCUCCUGCAGGAGGAUCAAAGAAGACCACCCCCUGCAGGAGGAUCAGAGGAUCAGUGAGGACCACCUCCUGCAGGAGGAUCAGAGAGGACCACCUCCUGCAGGAGGAUCAGAGAGGACCACCUCCUGCAGGAGGAUCAGAGAGGACCACCUCCUGCAGGAGGAUCAGAGAGGACCACCUCCUGCAGGAGGAUCAGAGAGGACCACCUCCUGCAGGAGGAUCAGAGUGGACCACCUCCUGCAGGAGGAUCAGAGUGGACCACCUCCUGCAGGAGGAUCAGAGAGGACCACCUCCUGCAGUGAGUAA